AUGGCGAGAGGCACGACGACCGUCACGUCUCGCACCCAACCCACCGAAAACAUAUCAUUUCCCGUUUUGACUUAUAGCGACGCCCUGCCCCGGAACGAUCUUCGGGAUCUUGAUGAGCAAGCUCGAAAACGUCUAACCCAGGCUGGGAUUGUUGGACAAUGGGACUUCCGACAGCCCUCCCCAGUAGAGGGGUGGUUUAGAAGACCACCACCAGGCCCUGGUGCAAAUUUCGACUUUCAAGUGACAUCGCCCCCGAAUGAAGCCUUUCCAUCAACAAACGAAGCGCCCGAGCAGUAUAUGAUAGGAGUUGCCCUGGGAAGCCCAGGCAUGAUCAACAAAGAUGAACCCUUGCCACCGCCUCGGUUUGAUACAGCAAUUUUUGAACCAGGUCGAAUGACACAAAGCCCCCAAGACUACAAGCCGAGCAAGUGGAAGAAGAUUGGAGGCUUGUUCAAAGCAAAGAAUGCCCUAUUGCCACCGAACCGGCUCCAUGGAGACAUGAUUAACCAUCCGGAGAGGUCAAUCAACUCCAAGCAAAGAAACGAUUCUUUGGAAGAGUGGCCGGCUUUUGAAAUUGAUUCUAAAGCACUUAUGGGCGGAAUCAACCAAAGCCCUCCACGCUCACGUUCUCGGAAGUUCUCUCUAAGUGGGAGAAAGGCGCCCCCAGAGGAACUACCAGCUCAAAAGCCCCUGCUCAGUGUCGACAUCCCGGAUAUCCAAAUGGAGCGCUAUAGUGUUAUGUUCAGCAACGUUGUCAACAAGAACGAGAGACCCUCACUGCUGGCCAGAAGGGCAAAGACAUUGGAUAACCUUCGUGUCCCGGACGCAAAUGGAUUUCUGAAAGCGCCUGCGCCGCCACCAAUGCCGCAACGUCGAGCAACAUCACCUGCGCGAUCUAGCUUCACAUUGUUCCCAAGCUCUCAGCCGUCCAAGGCGGCCCAACUAGUCGGCACACAUAACUUCUCUCGCGGUCCAAGCCCUCUAAUGAGGUCUAAUACCCUGCCUGUCGAUAGCCCAUCUAAGGCCUCAGCAGACCACUCUCGUAACAGUUCCAACGUCAACAGUACCUCUUCAUUCGAAUCACCAGUCAUUCCAAGACUCUUUACUGAGCGAUCGAGCUCUAACACCCCUCGGUCAUCUAGCAGUCUCGACAAACCUCUCCCUGCAAUCCGACCAGAGGCACGGGCUUCACCCCAGCAGAGGAUUGUUCAGCCACCAAAGAAUAUCAUAUCGCCACAGAAGUCUCGAUCAAACUCGUUCGCCCAACAGCAAAAGAUUGCUCAUCCUGUUCACCAACAGCAGGAUCAACAACCACGGAAGAUUAGCCACCCACCAAGAAAGGAUUCUCAACCACGGACAGCUCCAAAGCCACCCCAGACAGCCUUAUCACAGAAGCCAAGCAGCCAUCACCGUGUCGACCACGGAACAAACAACCACAAACAAGAUCACCCGGUCCGACCACGUCUCACGGUCCAAACCGAAACCCGACCACAACUACCAGCCAAAGACAAGACCACAAGUAGCACAUCUCUAAGUCCACAUUCGACACUGAAGGCCACUCAGCAAAAGAUUGACCGAAUCAUGUCGCCAGCCUCGGCGUCUUCGGCCCCGAAAUCUGGUAUUUCACCGGCUGAUUCCACUCGCCUGCCCUUCGCUGAUGCUGAUGGUGCCAUCAAAAUCAACGAACACGAAGAACCCGAGUUACAGCAAGAACCGCCUCGUGCUAUCCCACGAGUUGAAGUCUCCACUGCUCGCUCAAUCUCUGUCUCCAGGGGCAAGCGGCAGAUGAUUGUUCCUAUUGGGGCUAAGGCCGAACAUUUCGAUCCUGAUGAGCGAUUUGUACAGAGGAGAGCUUUGACGCCGCAGAUUAUGGAUGCUCAUCGGGGCCAUCGACCUGGUGUGUCUCAGGAGUUGCGAAUUGAGUCGUUUUGA